UGCAGCCGUGGCGGCUUUGCUGGCUGUCUCAGCCUCCUGCGCUCCUCUUUCGCCGUUUGCUGCCCUGGCUUUGCUGAGAGCCCCCCGGAGCCACUGAGGAUGAGCCUUCCCGUUCUCCGGCGCGCGUCCCUUUGCGACCAUCUGAACCCAUUCAUCUAGCGACUGGUCUCCCUUGCAAUUAUGGAUAUCUAAAAGAGCUAGUCGGUGUGGAGGGGGAAUCCCCCUCCCCACUCCUUUGGCUGCCUUCUGGAUACCACAGUUUCCUGGACAAUAAUACAGUAUUUUGUAGCGAGCAGAAAUGAAGACUUAAACUCUAAAUUUAUAUUGCUGAAAAUAUUUAUUUUUUUACGUGCCAAGCCUUAACAGCACAUUGAUUCAUAUGGCAGCUGUCUGAAACUGAGUGAAAGACCUAGGCAUCAUGAACUUGUGAAGAGCAGGUGAAUGCAGAGUGCCUUGGUGUGUUUUAGAGGGGCUUAUUUUACAUAGGAGAAGAAUUUAGUCAAGAGUAAGAUGAGUUCUCUGAUGCCUGACUGUACCUCAAAGUGUCGAUCACUGCAGCAUGCUUUGGAUAUUAUUUCUGUAGUGACCCGAGGAAGGGAAGGCCAGAUCAAGGCCUUCCUCACUUCUCAUUGCUAUAAUGCAGCAACAAGCAAGGAUACCUUUGGCAGGAAUGCCAUUCAUCUUGCCUCUUCCUGUGGUAAAAAAGGAGUUCUAGACUGGCUGGCAGAAACGGAUGGAGUGGAUUUGUUGGUGAAAGACAAGGAAUCAGGAUGGACAGCUUUGCACCGUGGCAUCUUCUAUGGCCAUAUAGAUUGUGCAUGGUCACUACUGAAGCAUGGUGUGAACUUAUACAUACAGGACAAAGAAGGCUUGUCUGCAUUGGAUCUAGUAAUGAAAGACAGACCAGCCUAUGUUGUAUUCAAGAAUACAGAUCCUACAGAUGUCUACACUUGGGGAAACAACAUAAAUUUUACUUUGGGCCAUGGUGGUCAACAGAGUAAACAUCAUCCUGAAUUGGUGGAUCUCUUUCCUAGGAAUGGUGUUUAUAUUAAGCAGGUGGUACUCUGUAAAUUUCACUCCGUGUUUCUUUCCCAGAAAGGACAGGUUUAUACCUGUGGACAUGGACAAGGGGGACGAUUGGGUCAUGGUGAUGAACAGACUUGCUUGUUAACAGAGAUUGUGACAAACCUUCAAAAUCCCUCAAAUGAUGAUUCAUCUUAUGAAACGAAUAAUGUAUAUGAACGAAUACGACUUGAGAAGCUUGCAUUUGUUCACAGGGCAGUCAGUGUUACAUCAGACCAUAAUGGAUGUAACUUUGCUGUUUUACAGUCAGAUCCUAAAACAAGUUUAUAUGAGAUUCCGAGUGUGUCAGCAUCUAGUUUUCAUGAGGAUUUUGGCAAAUUGUUGGGAGAAGCAGAAGUUAUGGAUAUCAUCCAUGAUGUGACGUUUCGGGUUGGCGCCAGGACUUUUGCUGUGCAUAAGUAUAUUUUGGCAAUGCGCUCUGAUUUUUUCCGGAAGCUUUUUGUGUCAGAUCAGAGUUGGCUAGAUCCUUCUGACCUUUACCGUAAAGAUGAAGAUGAUGUUGGUUGUGAUCUGUAUGUGAUAGAAAAACUUCAUCCAGACUUGUUCAUGUACCUUCUGCAAUACAUGUACACAGAUUCAUGUGAUUUGCUGAUUCAUGGUCAUAGGCCCAAAAUGAUAUAUAAAGAAAAAAUGGAAGACAAUGAAGACAACUUGAUUACAAACUUGAAUAAAAUAACCGUUCAUGGAGAUGUUAGCAGUAAAUCUGCAUUUGAGGUUUACAGAAGUAACCAAGCUCAUAUGGUAAAUGAAAAACAGAAGAGUAAACCAAAAUCCACUUCUAAAAAAUGCAAGGGCACUGGAGAAGAAGUGAAUCUCAUAAAAAUGUUGCAAAUAGCUGCUAAGAAAUUUGGACUUGGCAGUUUAAGUUCAAGGCUAGAUGGUGUCAGAAUAGAAAAUGGAAGAAUUAAUGUUGUCAGCCGAAAAAAUGGUAACAAACCAAAGUUAAACCAGAAAAAAUGUUCUUUCCUCUGUGAUGUGACCAUGAAGUCUAUAGAUGGAAAGGAAUUCCCUUGCCACAAAUGUGUUCUCUGUGCAAGACUUGACUACUUUCACAGCAUGUUGAGCAGCUCCUGGAUUGAGGCAUCAUGUUGCGCAGCUCUGGAAAUGCCGUUCCCCUCUGAUAUCCUUCAGGUCAUCUUGGAUUAUAUUUACACAGAUGAAGCUGUUACAAUAAAAGAAUAUCAAAAUGUCGAGUUCAUAUGCAAUGUUCUUGUGGUAGCGGACCAGCUCCUUAUGUUGAGACUGAAGGAAAUCUGUGAGGUAGCCAUUACAGAAAAACUUACUUUAAAGAAUGCUGCUGAGCUUCUGGAGUUCUCAGCCACAUAUAAUGCUGAACAGUUGAAGCAAUCUUGCUUACAGUUCAUAGUAUUAAACAUGGCAGCUAUCUUUGAAACAAGGGCUCUGGAUGUUUUAAGUGAUGCUGUUCUGAAGGAACUUUCUAUUGCUUAUAGGAAAAUGAUCCCUUCUAUGGUCAGAAGAGUAAUUACUCCAUACCAAGAUGGCCCGGAUAUUAGUUCAUUGGAGCCUGAGGAAGGAGAAACCUUUGUCUUCCUGAAAGAAGAGCAAAAUACAGAACAUGCAUCUCAGGAAGCCCUUCUAAAAAAGGCUAAAGCAAAGGCUAAAAAGAAGCCUCGGAGGCGCUCAGACAGCUCAGGAGGUUAUAAUCUAUCAGAUAUUAUACAAAGCCCACCCUCCACAGGAACAUUGAAAUUGGAUAAAGCAAAUUCUAUUGAAUCGCUCCCUGAAAUGCUGAUGUCUGAUUCCGAAGGUAGCUAUGUGGGAGUGAACAGCCCCAGAGAUCUGCAGUCUCCUGACUUCACUGCAGGGAUCCAUGCAGAUAAAGUUGAGGUGAAAAGUGUUUCCAGUGCAGCUCUUCCGCAGUCUAAUAAAGAGGUGAAAAUAUGUGAGGGAAGAUCAGUGCAAAAUCUCUCUCUUCCACAUUGCAUUCCUAAUAACAAAAACACCUCUGCAGGUUCUUCCAACUGGGUUAUUGGCUCUUUCAGUCCUGCCAGUCCUCCUGCUAUGGAUCUGAGAACUAUUAUGGAAAUUGAAGAAAACAUGCAAAAAUGUGGAAGCAUGCCCAAGAUAAAUUCGGGUAGACCUGCUUCUCAUGGAAAUAAGCUUUCUCAGAAGCAAAGGAAACUGAUUGCGAUGGCUGCCAAGGAGAACAGUCCAGAGAUUGUGCCAGAUGCAGUCAUGCUGCCUGUGCCCUCCAAAUCUGGCCAUGUGUGGGCUUCUUCAUCACAUUCUAGUACACCAAAGUCAUUCCGUGAUCUCCUACUGGAAGAAAAAAAGAUAGUUGGUGCCCAUUCUGGUAAAGUUUGUGCAAAAUUGAUGGAAAGUGUAUCAGCUCAGAAAAUUCUGAGAUGUUCUACUGCCACUGCUCUUGAGGCAGAAAAUGAACAUAUUUGUGAACCGGCACACUCAGAAAAUCAGAAUCCUUGGUUACCAGCAUCCUUGAUGUGUCCGGCUGCAGCAACACCCAUCACAUUUGCAGAAAUUGUAGAAGAGGAACUCCAGCAAGAAGCUGCUCUUGUUCGGAGUAGAGAGAAACCUUUAGCUUUGAUCCAGAUCGAAGAACGUGCUAUUCAGGAUCUGUUAAUCCACUAUCAAGCAGUUGGCAACCCUGAUGAAUUUAUUGUUGUUGAAAGGUCUCCACAGGGGCCGAUAGCAGCUCCUAUGUGGAACAAGCAUUGAUGCAGACUAAUUUUGGAUUUUAUGAAGAUGUGUGCGUUUCAAAAAUAUGGCCUAUUUGUUGUUUGCAUGGAUCUGGCAGUUUAAAAUAAGAAUGUGGUAUAGUGGUGUGUUUUCUCUUUUUUUUUCAGCAUAGUACUGGUUUUGCAAAUACAUCUCCUUACUAAGUUGCAUUAUUAGGCAAGGCACAUUUGAGAAAGGUAGAACUGGAGACUUACAUAUGCUGAAGGCUAAGUUUUAAGUGAGCAUACAGGUGUUUCCUAUAGUAAUUAGCAAAAGGUACCAAAUGUGCUGUUGCUUCUCCAGUUAAUCAGAACUGAUCUUUCAUAAUCAUGCAACCAUGUUAAAUUACUCAGAUUGAAUUUCAACCAGAAUAUCAGAAAUCAAGAUUUUCUAAAAAGAAAUAUAUAUAGCUUUUGCGUGUCACAACAGAGACAACAAUGCUGUUGUUGCUUUACUGCUUAUUCAAGCAAUGAUGUUUAAUGUCUGGUAUGCUUGUGUUUCCUUUGUACUCUUCUCAACAAUACUCCUAACCAUCAUGUCUUACACAGGUGGUGAGCCUGAUGCUAGAUGGACAUUUUGUACUGGUAUUUGCUUUAUUAGAAGGGCAGCCUCAGAAGAGCCUCAACUCCUAAAAAAGCAAAUAGAAAGGAGUGGCACUUUUAGCUGGUGUGGAGAAAAAUGGAGUGGGGCAAAAACAGCUUGCUAGACUGAAAAAUGUUUCUGCAAAUGAGCAAACUAUUCAUUCAACAUUAAAACUACUCAAGAGAUGACAAUUGCAUUUUGAUAAUUUGCACCUGUAACCGAUGCAUUGAUACUGUUUAGUAUUGUAUUAUUGGAAGCCAAUGCCUGAUUGUGGGUAAUUUUGUUGUUGGAAAGUCUUUUAAAAGAUUGUUUGAUAACUCUAGAAAAUAACGUGGUGCUGGUCUGAUGAGGUCUUUGGGGGUAAGGGAGUGAGGGAGGAGUGUCACUUAUCUGUCAUCUCAGCCUUUAUCAGUGGUGAGCUGUCUGGCACUACUGUGAUUUACCCCAUUGAACAUUCUUGGCAUUGUGAGGUAAUAAACUUUGUUCUGCCGCAUAGCUUGGGCUUGAACCCAAUAAUUACUCUGUUAGUGGAACUGCAGUGAAGAGCAAGAUGUUGGAGCAGCACACGUUACCACAGAAUAAAAACUGGAUUCAUGUGUU